CACUGGCUACCUGCUAAACACUUUGUGAUUAAAAUCCUCGAAAGAAACGCUCUUCUGUUGGGCUUCAGAGAAAUCAUAACAAAAACCGUAAUUUAACGUGGAAAGUGGAUAAUUUGUGCCGUGGAGCAACUCAAGGAAAAUCUUGCCGAGCACCCGAUACGUGAAAUAAUUAAAAACAGCGCUUUCACUCGUAUAUGAGAUGCUCAACGAGUAAACAUUGAUUGGAACAUCGUGGCGACAACAACAACAUCGAAGCACAUUCAACAUUCAGUGGAAUAACCAAAACAAUUUAUACAAUUGAAUAAGGAAAAGUUUUAACUAACCAUGAGUACCAAAUUUGGCUCUAUGGUAGAUUCUGAAAGUAACGACGAUAGCAGCGAUGACAAUUCCUCCCAAGAUCGUCACGACCGUGGCCGUACAAAGUGCUCAGAAAAGCGAAAGAAGCAUAAAAAGCAAAAGAAACAGAAAAAAUCUAAAAAACAUAAAAGAGAACGGUCAAAUUCGUUCGAUGCUGAGCGGCGCCACAGCAAAAGCGAUACCCGUGUUGCCCCGACAAGCGUUGAUUUGCUUGAUCCAUCGCUAAUGAAGAGGGCUGUGAGAUAUUCAGAUUCACCAGCAGAGAACAAAUCCACUAAAGGUGGUAAACCGAAUGCAAACGAAGUUGAUGUGCAUAAACAGAUAUCAUCGCGAUGGGAUAGUUCCGGUGAAGGUGAACAUUCUCGGCAAACGUUAGAUAGCAAGAAUACCAGAAUGUAUCGUUCCGAUUCCAGAGCGCCCAAAAAUAAUGGUUAUGUUGAUAAGGAGCGAUUACACCGGCACGGCUUAUCUCAUGAACAAAAAUCAACAAGACCUUCGAAGAGUGUUGAUGAUGAGAGUACCCAUCACGUCGAUAAUCGGGAAAGAGAACAUGGUUCUACCGCUCAGCGAGGCAGUAGGAAUGAAAACCAUUAUUCUCGUACAUACAAUAAGCACGGGUCUAAUCAACCGUGUGAACGAGAUAGUUACAAUCGUAGUAGCCAUCAAGCAAGUGGUUCCCGCAGUUCCAACAGGAAUCAAGCAGGGAAACAGUCCAGCAGUUCCAACCCGGGACAUCACAUUUAUCAGACCAACCGGGAUUUACAUGAUGAACGAUGUAACCAAUCUACAGCAGAUAAGUGUAGUAGUACCGGUAGUCGAAAACGCGGACAUGAUGAUAGUCCUUACAAACAGUUAUCGGGAAGAGAACGAUCUUCGUCACAGAGACAAAACAACGUGGAACAUCAGCAUAUCAGUAAGGCGCAUAUAAAAUCAGAGAAAACCAGUCGUCAUGAUGAAGACGAACAACACGCAUGGGGCAAACGUGCAGAUAAUAGGUCAAAUCCCUCUAAAACCAUUGAUAACAGCAAGCGGGACAGUGAAUCUGCAGCCGUGAGCGAUAAAAUGGCUAGUCCUACCGAGAAAGAAAAACCAAAUUUCGGUUUAUCGGGGAAAUUAACCGAAGAAACAAACAAGGUUAACGGGGUUGUCAUUGCCUAUUCGGAACCGCCCGGUGCCCGAAAACCAAAGCGUCGCUGGCGAUUAUAUCCUUUUAAAGGCGAACAAGCAUUGCCCACACUUUACAUACAUCGUCAAACGUGUUACUUGGUCGGACGGGAUAGAAGGAUUUGUGAUCUACCGGUCGAUCAUCCAUCCUGUUCGAAGCAACAUGCGGUUUUACAGUACCGUCUGGUGCCGUACGAACGUACUGACGGUACCAAAAGCCAAUGCGUACGCCCAUACAUAAUCGACCUGGAAUCAGCUAAUGGAACGUUCGUCAACAACAAGCAAAUUGAAGCAAAACGUUAUCUUGAGCUGCGUGAAAAAGAUGUGCUUAAGUUUGGGUUCAGCUCUCGUGAAUACGUGCUGCUGCAUGAAAACAGCAAAGAAGACAAUGAGGCAGACGAAGGAUACGAAGCUUCGCCGGUGGUUAAAUCUCCUAACGAUUCUACGCAACUUGCAAACGUUGAAACGAAGUAGACAACGUACAAUUUGUUAGGAGUGUAUAAGUAAUUUACUCCUUUACUACGUGUAUGAAAGGAAAAAUGAUAACAUUAGGAAAAGAAGACAGAAUUAGCAUGACGCAUAAUUUUUCCUUCAUUCUCUCUCCCUUCUUGGCGUAUCGACCUAGUAGGUCAAGUCUGCCAUUUCUGACUUACUUGAACUAUUUUUACCACGUUGCCGGAUAGUCAAUCCUUGGCAAUGGUCAAUGGAUUGACAGACGAAGGUGCUGGAUCGUGAACGGUUUAGAGGACCUGCAGCAGGCCAAGACCGCGAAGCGGUUGUAGCGCCGGACAGGUGAAGAAGUGAAGCAAUUUUAAUUAAUUCGGUCAAAAAAUUUUAAUUCCUACAUGCACGAUGUAAAGUUUCUGUACAUACAAUCAGUUUAUA